UGGCGGAAGGGGAGGUACCGAGUUCGCAGGCCGCGUGGACAUGGCAGAUCCUGUGCGGGAGGAGCUCCUGGCCCUGGCCGCGAUUUACUGCGGGCCCCAUGAGUGGGAGGUGCUGAGCCGCUCAGAGACAGAUGGAACCAUUUUCAGAAUUCACACAAAAGCUGAAGGACUUUUGAAUGCGGAUAUAUCCUUAGAGUUGGUGUUCCAUUUACCGGUCAGUUACCCUUUGUGUCUGCCUGGUAUCUCCAUUAACUCAAAACAUCUGACCAGAGCCCAGUGUGUGACUAUACAAGAGAAACUACUUGAGCAAGCAGAGAAGCUUUUGUCGGAACCUAUGGUUCAUGAACUGGUUCUUUGGAUUCAGCAGAAUCUCAGACAUAUCCUCAAUCAACCAGAAACUGGAAAUGGCAGUGAAAAGUGUACUUUUUCAAUGAGUACAACUGUGGAUGAUGGACUGUGGAUUACUCUUUUACAUUUAGAUCACAUGAGAGCAAGGACUAAAUAUAUCAAAACCGUGGAGAAGUGGGCUUCAGAUUUAAGUCUGACAGGAAGAUUGAUGUUCUUGGGUAAAAUAAUACUGAUUUUACUACAAGGAGAAAGAAACAACAUCAAGGAGUACCUGAUUCUUCAGAAAACCUCCAAAGUAGAUGUGGACUCAAGUGGAAAGAAAUGCAAAGAGAAAAUGAUUAGUGUACUGUUUGAAACAAAAGUACAGACGGAACACAAAAGGUUUCUGGCAUUUGAAGUCAAAGAGUAUUCAGCAUUGGAUGAGUUACAAAAGGAAUUUGAAAUCGCAGGACUUAAGAAGAUUUUCUCUGAAUUUGUACUUGGACUAGUAAAAUGAAAUGAACGACACGAAUCUUUUAAGUAAAGUGUUUUUUGUUGUUGUUUUUGCAUCAAAUUUGGGGAGUGGCUAACUGAAAUAGUUGUAAGAGAACAAUUUUAAAGUUUCUCUUCACAGCAAAAUUGUAGUAAUUUCAGAAACAAAAGCCAGUUCUGUUUUAGGGAAUAUGAAACAUAAAAAAACCUAUAUAUUCUAAUCUUUGCCAGGGAAGGCUCAGUUCAGUAGAUGGAACAUAAACUGAAAGAUAAAUAAAAAAAAGUAGUGGUAAAUAAGCCCUUGUUUUUAUAUAGAAAGUUUGUUUGGAACUAUGCAAUUUUCUGGCUAAUUUGUAAUUAAAUUAUUUUU